GCUCGGCGCUUCAUUCCACCGCCCGCAGAUGAUUGAACGAGGGAAGUGUCUCACUCUUUCUCUGAGUCCGAUCCGCCCGGGGUUCGGCAUGGCGGCUCAAUAGACAGGCAGCAGCGGCAGCGACGCAUCAGUGCACUGCACUGGGCAACAACAGCACGCACCAGCUUCAAAAAUGGCGCUCCACAAUGGGCUUCUCAGCUUUGCUGUAGUCGACAGCAUAGUAACACUCGACUUGAAGACUUUGUUUUUCCUUGAAGAGUAUCUCAGUUCAAAAAUACAGUCAGAUGACUUCAGAUUGGCCAGAUUCUUUCUCUUCCCUGAUGGAGGACUUCAUGAUGUCCCCGAGUUCGCCGUUUCUGACGGCUGAAGGGGACCCGUGUCUCCUGCACACAGACCUGGCGGAGGCCGGGCCGGUGAAAUCGUACCUCAGACCACUCCUGUUUGGUGGCAAUGAGGAAAGCGAUGUGUCCUCCCUGAUCACUCGUGACACGUUACUGGACACCGACGAUACUGUGGAGGAUGCGUUCACCGGCUUCGACUGGAUGGAGAAGACGGAUCUCUUUGACAAUUUGUUUAUGGGUGAAAAUGGCUCUCCCUCCUCAGAGGAGCUGUUGGCUGUCUUGGACAGUUCCUGUGUUCUGGAAGAAUUGCCUUUUGAUCCUUUGCCAGCUAAACUACAAGUAGCUGACCUUGGCUUGAGUUCUGAUCACAGGCCAUUUCCAAAUUCACCCCCAGGGUCAGAUCAGCUGGCACCUAGUACCCCAACCAUUACCCCAGAAUCUUUAAUCUCGACCCCUGAUCAUUUAUUACACUUCCUGGAGAACGAAACUGGAGUUUCAGGUGGUGAGGAAUUUACUCAGUCCUGGUCUCUGCAGGACUCCGUCAAAGAGGAGGAUGACAGGCUAAUGCUGGAUUCUGACAGUGGAGUUGGGACUAGUCCCCCACACUCCCCUGCUGAAUCUUCUGACAGAAGUAUGUCAGAAGGGUCACCACAAACUAGUGGCUUGUCAUCAGAUGACUCAAGUCCUAUUAGGCCAAAACCAUAUGAUCGUCCCAGUACAGAAAAUGUAGGCAGUUUGUCAAAAGUAAAAGUCAGCAGUGUGGAGUCAAGAGGUCUGGAGAAAAAGUUGAAGAAGAUGGAGCAGAACAAAAGUGCAGCGACACGGUACAGACAAAAGAAGAGAGCAGAGCAUGGUGCUAUACUUGCAGAAUGUAGCUUACUGGAAGAGAAAAAUAAAAACUUGCAAGAGAAAGCUGACUCAUUAGUGAAAGAAAUUCAAUAUUUAAAAGACUUGAUAGAAGAAGUUAGGAAAGCCAAAAGUAGUAGAAGUGCAAAAGGCUUGUAAUAUAGCAUUAGCUAUUGUAGAUUUGUAAAUGUAAUUUUUAAUAAAAUCAUUAAAUAGAA